GGAGUGUUAGCCAAUAUUUAUAAAAUAUUUAAAUAAAUAAACUAUAAAACUUGCUUUUGACAAUGCAAUUCGAAUAUUCCGACAAAAAUAAAUAGAUUUAUUCCAAAGCCUGUCUCAUUUGGACUUUUUGUUUAUCGACCGGAACUAAACUAUACAAUUGAAGCUCUGAAUCGUUGUCGGCUCUUACUUUUACCAAAUAAACGAGUUGAUAAUUGUAGUUGUAUAUAUAUAUUUGCUUGUGUUUUUUAAUUAAGUCACUAAUAAACAAAAUAUUGUGCUAAAAGUUAUUGACGACAGCUCAGGGUAAGCGUAAUGUAUAAUUAAAUAAACAAUGUGCGCUGCGUUCUACAGGUAAGUCAAGAGCGGCUCUUGAGUGCACGUCAUCAAGUCCGAUUCCAGUUGCCAGUGAAAAGAAAGAAAGCAAGCAAACCAGCACAAGUUAAAGCAGUGCAAAAUUACGCAGCAAGUGCCGUCUGUCGUGGCUUAAUUACAAUCAGUUGUGCAUGUUUAAUAAAAGAAAAAUAGAAAAUUAUCGCGUAGUGCAACAAGUGAGUGCAAUCUCGAUCCCACUCACGGCCUGCAUAUAAUUGCAAACAGUAAGAGGCGCGCGCGCCUGCGCCUACGUUUUUUUUUUGUAUUGUUAGUGCUCUUAUUUACGUUGCUUACGUGUCGCGUCGCAAAAUGUACGCCUGCGCUUACGUAGUCGUGCUCGCAUUUACGUGUCUUGCCGCUGCCAGUCCCGUUAACCCAACCAUCGCGCAUGUCGAAGUGAUUGAGGAAACCGACAGCUUUCUCGAUAAUGCGCAUUAUCUGAACAACGAGCAGAUCGCCGAACUCUUUGCCCGCCUCAGCCGCGACUAUCCAGCGCUGGCCCAGGCCUACACGAUAGGUCGCACCACACAGGGCCGUGAGCUGCAUGCCCUGGCCCUGAAUGCGCCCGCACCGAAUGGCAAUGGCGACGAUCUGCUUCGUCCCAUGGUCAAGCUGGUGGCCAACAUCCAGGGCGACGAGGCACUGGGCCGCCAAAUAGUGCUCUACAUGGCCGAAUAUCUAGCCAGCAGCUAUCAGCUGGACAGCCAAGUGCAGCGUCUCCUCAACACAACCGAAAUACAUUUUCUGCCCAGCUGUAAUCCGGAUGGCUUCGCUGCCGCAAAGGAGGGCAACUGCGAAUCACUGCCAAAUUAUGUGGGACGCGGCAAUGCUGCCGGCGUCGAUUUGAACCGCGACUUUCCCGAUCGCUUGGACCAACAUCAUAUCAAUCUGCUGCGCACCCAGUCCCGGCAGCCGGAAACCGCCGCCUUGGCCGAGUGGAUUUUGAAAAAUCCAUUUGUGCUCAGCGCCAAUUUCCAUGGAGGCGCCGUCGUAGCCAGCUAUCCCUACGAUAACUCAAUCGCUCACAACGAUUGCUGCGAGGAGAGCCUCACGCCGGACGAUCGAGUGUUCAAGCAACUGGCGCACAGCUACUCGGACAAUCAUCCGAUUAUGCAGCGUGGCAACAAUUGCAACGACAGCUUCGCCGGCGGCAUCACCAACGGGGCCAACUGGUACGAGCUGUCGGGUGGCAUGCAGGACUUUAACUAUGCCUUCACCAACUGCUUUGAGCUGACCAUUGAGCUCUCCUGUUGCAAAUAUCCACCAGCGAGCAGCCUGCCCGAGGAGUGGCAGCGCAACAAGCGUGCGCUGCUGCAACUGCUGAAGCAGGCACACAUCGGCGUCAAGGGCCUGGUGCAGGACACCAGCGGCUAUCCCAUACCGGACGCCACCAUCAUUGUCUCCGGGCUGGAGGACAAGCCCAUACGCACCUCGAAGCGUGGCGAAUACUGGCGCCUGCUAACGCCUGGCAUCUACAGCAUCUAUGCGGCAGCAUUUGGCUAUCAAUCGAGUGUGCCGCAGCAGGUGCAAAUCACGAACGAGAACGCUGAGGCGCUGCGACUGGACUUCAAGCUGACGCCCGUUGAGAACAAUUUUGAUGGCAACUUUCGCAGGCAAAUUGUGGAGCGCGCCGAGCCGGCGGCGCAGCUGAAGCAGGAAUACGAUGGCUUCCUCACGCCCACAGAGUACAAGCAUCACAAUUUCGUGGCCAUGGAGAGCUAUCUGCGCAACCUGAGCGCCAGCUAUCCCUCGCUGACGCGCCUCUACAGCAUUGGCAAGAGCGUGGAGAACAGAGAUCUGUGGGUGCUGGAGAUCUCCACAGCGCCGGGCAAGCAUGUGCCAGGCGUGCCGGAGUUCAAGUACGUGGCCAACAUGCACGGCAACGAGGUGGUCGGCAAAGAGAUGCUGCUGCUGCUCACCAAGUACCUGUUGGAGCGCUACGAGAACGAUGAGCGCGUCACUCGACUCGUGAAUGGCACACGGAUGCACUUCCUCUACAGCAUGAACCCGGACGGCUAUGAGGUGUCGCACGAAGGCGAUCGUACCGGCGGACUGGGCCGGCCCAAUGCCCACAAUGUGGAUCUAAAUCGCAAUUUCCCGGAUCAGUAUGGCACGGAUAAAUAUAAUAAGAUCACAGAGCCGGAGGUGGCAGCCGUCAUGAACUGGACGCUUUCGAUACCGUUCGUUCUCUCCGCGAAUCUGCAUGGCGGCUCCCUGGUGGCCAACUAUCCGUUCGAUGACAAUGAGAACGACUUCUAUGAUCCCUAUGCGCGCCUGCGCGACGCCAGGAUCAGCGGCCGCAAGCUUAACCCCACCGAGGACAACGAACUGUUCCGGCAUCUGGCGCUUGUCUACUCGAAGGCGCACUCCACCAUGCACCUGGGCCAGCCGUGCGCUCUGUUCCAGAACGAACUGUUCACCGAUGGCAUCACCAAUGGCGCCCAAUGGUACAGCGUGACGGGUGGCAUGCAGGACUGGAACUAUGUGCGCGCCGGCUGCAUGGAGCUGACCAUCGAGAUGGGCUGCGACAAAUAUCCGCUGGCCAAGGAGCUGCCCCAGUAUUGGCGCGACAAUCGCGAGCCCAUGCUGCAGCUGAUCGAGCAGGUGCAUCAUGGCAUCCAUGGCUUCGUACGCAGCAGCAUUGGCACCCCCAUCGUCGGGGCAGCCAUCGCCCUGGACGGCGCCAACCACAACACCUACAGCGGCACCUACGGCGACUACUGGAAGCUCACACUGCCUGGCCGUCACAAUGUGACCGUCCUCUCCGAUGGCUUUGCGCCGCUGCGCGUCGAGGUCGAGGUGCCCGACGCGGAGCCGUUUGGCAUGCGCUUGGAUGUCACCCUCAUGCGCGACGAUCCACAGCACUGGGCAUCCGCCAACGAUUUCCGCAUCAUCGAGAACGUCGUCAACACCAGAUACCACACAAAUGCCGAGCUGCGCAAUCGCUUGGCCGAGUUCGAGAACCAGAACCCGCAGAUCGCCAGCUUUGGCUAUGCGGACAACGAGUUCAGUCGACACUUCAACUACCUCAAGUUGACUUCCAAUAUCGGCGAGCCGGAGGAGCACAAAUACAAGCUGCUGGUGAUUAGCUCGCUGUUUGAUACCGCCGCACCUCUGGGCCGGGAGAUAAUGCUGAAUCUGGUGCGACAUCUGAUCGAGGGACACAAGCUGCAGGAGGCAUCUGUGGUGCAGCUGCUGCAGCGUAGCGUCAUCUACUUUUUGCCCCAGAUGGAGCAUUUCGAUCCGAUCUUCGCCAUGUACAAUGCCAACAACUCCGUGUGUGAUCCUGUGCUGGCCGAUGAGCUGGCCGAGCGCAUACUCAGCCCGGAAACGGAGCAGGCUAGGGACGUGCUACUGCAGUUCCUGCGCAGCGAACGGUUCGACAUGAUGCUGACAUUCAGUGCGGGCAACUCGGAGCUAAUCUUUCCGCAUGCCGACUCCAUAUUGGAGAAGUUCGCGAACAGCAUCCGGCGCACAGAGUUCAACUAUUCGCCACUUCAGUGCAGCAGCUCGGCCACGCGUCAGCUGCAUCACGAGACCAGCGAACGGCUGACCAAUCUGCUCUACAAUAUGUACAAUAUACCGAUGUUUACCUUGGGUCUGUCCUGCUGUCGCAUGCCCGCGCACAGUCACAUUGCCUCGGUGUGGCGCACCAGCAUCGAGAAGAUUCGUAACUUCCUUGCACUGGUGCAGACCGGCAUCACGGGUCUGGUGCAGAAUGAUAAGGGCCAGCCGCUGCGCGAGGCAUUCGUCCGGCUAUUGGAGCAUCCUUCCAUCCACAACGUGACACGCAAUGCCGCACGGUUCCAGCUGAUGCUGCCCAAGGGCCUCUACGGCCUCGAGGUGAGCGCGCCCAACUACGAGUCACAGAUCGUGAAGACGGAGGUGCAGCAGGGCGUGUUCAGCGACUUGGGUAUCAUCAAGCUCAAUGGCUUCAGCCUGAUCAAGGGCGAGGUGACCGAACUAAGCUCGCCGAGCAAGACAACCACCAGUCUAACGGGCAUUGUGCUCGACGACAACAAUCAUCCCAUACGCAAUGCCAAAGUCUCGCUCAUCCAGCCAGCCGGCUGGAGCCACGUGCGCAAUUUCACCAACAGCCUGGGCGAGUAUCGUUUGUCGGCCGUGCCGAUCGGCGGUAUAACGAUCAAGGUGGAGGCUCCUCGUCACUUCGAGGCCACGCGCGAUCUUCGCGUGUCGCAGCCGGGCCAGGCCAUCGAGAAUGUGAUCUUUCAUCUGAAGUUCAAUGCUCAUGUCUUUGGCCUGCCCCGGUUUCUGUUCAUCAUUGUGGCUAGCGUGCUCAUCAUAGUGAGCGUGGUCAUAUGUGUGCUAUGCGCCCAGUUCUGGUUCUAUAGAAGGCAUCGCGGCAAGAUGCCAUACUACAAUUUUUCUCUACUCCCGCAAAAGGGCAAGGAACAGUUCGAGCUGGACGACGAUGCUGGCGACGAUGGCGAAACGGAGCUCUUCCGUUCGCCCAUCAAACGUGGCAUGACCAUACAACCCUACUUCGAUGAAGAGCAGCUGGAGCAUAUACUGCACACGGACGAUGAGGAUGAGGAUGGCGACGAGCAUGAGCUGGACGAUGAGCGGGAGCUGCAGCUGGAUGUGGCCGAUGAAAGCGGCGAUGAAAUUGUCAUGUUGCAUCAGCACAAUCGACGCAGGCAGUAGAAAGAGACAGCAACAACAGCACACAACAUAACUGUGAUUCCAAAGUUUUCAAAAACCAAGCGCUCUGCUUAAAGUACGCUUAACUAAAAAUAUUAAUAUUAUUUUUUUUAUAUGCAUAAAUUAUAUAUACGAAUAUAUAUCUCAAGACAAAACACACACUUUCCAAAAUAUGGACUAUAUAUAUAUAUAUAUCUAUAUAUAUGACGUCCAAGAACCUAACUAUAACUGUACUUUUAAGACUGAGCCCAAGCGAAACACACAAGAUAUA